AUGGCGUUCAGGUUGCUUGCAAAGCAAGCGUCCUUCCUCGCAAAGCCAUCCGCGUCAACGCACUUCUCUCCUGCCAGGUUCCGAGCUUCACCACUUUGGCUGCGCUAUGCGACUAAUGGAACGCCAGGACAGGGCAACCCUUCGAUCGUCAAUUCUCUUCCAGACACUGCAAAUGAAGUCCAAGUAAGUGAGGAGGUCGCACAAAAGGCAGGCGGUGCAGCCCCUUCGCCCAUCCCACCCAUAAAUGAGGCUCAGAACAGUUAUUCUGGAGACGAGAAUAAGACAGACUGGUCUAGAAGUUAUUCUGGCCUCUCUGUCCAGCCCUUCUCCAAAGAGGCUGCUGAGGUCCUUCAGGCACCUUUAAACCCAAUUGACAUUGAGAUCAAGCCAGAGGGCCUCAUUUAUUUGCCCGAGAUAAAGUAUCGGCGAAUUCUGAACAAAGCCUUUGGCCCUGGAGGAUGGGGUUUAGCGCCGAGAAGCGAAACGAACGUAGGUCCCAAAGUUGUCAGCAGAGAAUACGCAUUAGUAUGCCUCGGCAGACUUGUGGCUGUUUCUCGAGGAGAACAAGAAUACUUCGACCCUUCUGGUAUCGCGACUGCAACAGAGGCGUGCAAGAGCAACGCUUUAAUGCGAUGCUGUAAGGACCUCGGCGUUGCCAGUGAACUUUGGGAUCCUCGCUUCAUUCGCGAGUUCAAGUCAAAGUACUGUGUUGAAGUAUUUGCGGAGAAUGCUACCACCAAAAGGAAGUAUAAGUUGUGGAGGCGGAGGGAUCAGCCCAAAUUCGAGUAUCCGUGGAAGGAGUAG